CGAUGCAAGGCUAAAAGACGUUACCAUAACACACAGAUUUAAAUGUCUACAAACCUAUAGUUAUUGAACUGGGGAUUGAUUUUUAUUGGAGAAUUGAAAGUGUGUGCUUGUACGGGUGCCGGCUGUAAUUAAAUUUCCCUUUAAUAGGGUUUCUUUUGUGAUUGAUAUUUUCUUCCAGACAUCCUCAACUUGUGUGCGGUUAAUUUAUUCUAGAAGAAAUGUCUCAUUUCCUACGACAGUACCACAUUGUGUCUACCCUGAAAUCAAAUACAGAUAAAGAUGUCUAUCCAUUUUAUAAGAUCAUAUCGCCACUUAUGACUUUACAACCAGCUGUACGGAAGUUGCAUACUCAAAAUGUAGGCAAAAACCUCCAUUUGAAUACAGUUGAAGAGGAUGAUAAAUCUAAGAAGCCAUUAGCAGUAAUUCUUGCAUGGAUGUUAGCUAAAGAAAGUCACAUUGCUAAAUACCGUUCCAUUUACUUGAAACGAGGCUUUGAUGUACUGACAGUCGACAUAAAUCCAAAGGAUAUGCUCUUUCCAGUUUCUGGUUGUCAAGUAACUGCAGCCAACAUUUUGGAUUAUCUUGUCUCACAUGAAAAAUAUAACAAAGUCAUCAUGCAUGCAUUUUCUGUGGGUGGCUAUUUAAUGGGAGAAAUGUUUGUGAAAAUGCGAGACAAUGCUGAAAAAUAUAAAGGUCUGAGUUCACGAAUAGCGGGCGUCAUUCUUGAUAGUGCUGUGGAUGUGGAAGGAAUACCGACUGGUUUUCCUAGAGCAAUAUCUAAAAAUCCCAUAACUAUUAAAGCACUCGAAUGGUAUGUUUCAUGUCAUUUAGCUCUCGUGUAUAAUGUAGCAACAAAGCAUUAUCUCAGAUCAUCUAAAAAUUUUCAUAAUACUCCUUUAAGAUGUCCUGCUUUAUUCUUUGUUUCGGAAGCUGAUAAAGUUGGCAGCCCUCUUGCAAAUCAGUUAGUUAUUGAAAACUGGCAGGUGAGGGGAAUUGAUACAAAAAUGAAAUGCUGGAAAGAUUCAAAACAUGUCAGUCAUUUUUACAAGCAUGAAGAUGAAUAUCUUGCUGAAAUUGAUCAGUUUCUAGGUAAAAUUGGUCUAGGUUUUAAAGAAUCUAGCAAAAUGUAAUUUAUUUUUAACCUCUGAAUUGGUUUACUAUAUAACCUAUAUAAGAGGAUUAAAACUAUUCUAUAUAACCUAUAUAAGAGGAUUAAAAUUAUUCUGCUGUUUUUCAUUGAAAGUCUAUACAGUGCCUUUAAGAAUGCUGAGUAAAAUUUCCUUUCCUUUUCGAAUUAAGAACUUUAAUCUGUGUCUUAAAAAGUGAAAACUUACUUUUAAUCAUUAUCCUAAAUAUUAUAUGGUUGAGCUACAGAAUACUGUUGUUUUCUUUAUUGCUAUCACAUGAGCUAAUAAUACUUAAUGACUCUGUGAUCUGUGGUAUUUUGCCAUCCAAAUCCUGGUUGCAGUAGUAAGAGAGUAAAUUUCUUGUAUUGGGUACUGAAGUUCUUGUAAAAUGUAAAUUUGUUACAAGGUAUAAUGCUUGUAAUAAAUUUGCAUUCGUGAAUCAUGCGUUUGCUGUGACACCUUCACCUGAAAAAUUACACAAAUUGGAAUUUGUCUGAAAAUUAUGUGAAUUUAAAACUGACUUUUUUUAAGUUAAAAUAUUCUGGUUGAUAAUUUAGGACAUUGAGCAUAAAAAUCAAACAUCCUGCCCCCCCAGGAAAAAAAGAAAAAAAAAGGGGGAGCAAUUUAGAUGAAAAUUUGAAUUAUGAUCUUUUAAAAAUAAAUUCAUUUUAAAUGUAUAUGAACAAAAAGUAGUGACACCUCUCGCUUCACCCCCAAAAGAAACCUGAUUAAUGCUUAGUGCUGAAUCUGCAAUUUUUUAUUUGGUCAUCAAGAUUGUCAAAAAAUUAGUGGCUUAUUAUACUGCUUGAUAUUCAAGAAUUCCCUACUAUUAUCCUUGCAUCUGUUGCUAGCAUAGCCAAGAGUAAAAAAAGUUGUGAUAAAAUUUCAGAUAUUGAAAAUGGUGCGUAAUAAUUAUCUAAUAGAUCACAAAUGGAAUAGCUUUUAUAUAAUGCAGACAGACAUCUAGGAUGUGAAUCUGCUAAAAAUAUUUUGUAUUCGUAUCCAACUUUUGUUUAGUAAGAUAUCUUAUAUUAAUUUUAAAUUAAUAUAUUUUUCAUAUCAAACUUCAGAGCACUUCAAAAUAGAAAUAAUUCAGUAGUUGCAAAUUCUAUUAAAAUGCGUGGCACUUUUUCCUGAUAUUGCAUUAUAUAUUAUUCUGUUGAUCAUUAUUUAGUACCUUUUUAGUUUAUUUUUUAUCUUUUUUUACGUGUAUUAGAUAAGUUACAUAAGUUACAUAUCUGUAGUCAUACAAAUAUGUAACUUAUGUUAAACCUAUAAUUUACAUGGUAUAUCGUAGUUUUAAAGUUCUUCCUUUUGCAUUAUAAUGAAAUUAGCAAUGUAGAUUUUUACGUGUAUUGAAUUUUUAUAAUCAACCACAGUCUGUUAUAUUAAACAAAUUGAGAAAAAUUUACCAAAUGCAAUGAAAAUCUUAAUUGUACAAUUAAUGAAUUAUUUAAUGAAAGUUAUCUUAAUACAAUGAAGAUAGUCUGUUUUUUUAAUUAAUGAAAAUCAUUUAUUAUAUUUAAUAAUUAAUUCUUCAGAAUGUAUUUGGGUUAAACAUCAUUUAUAAAUAAAAAAUUUUUGUUCAUCUUUGCUAGUCUUCUUUUAAAUGUAAUUGUGUAAAUGUAUAAAUUACAUUAUAUUUGAGGGAAAAAAGGUGAAAUAAUAAAUAAAAAUUUUUAGCUUAGUUAUGUAAAAUUACAUAAAUUUUUAGGCGAUAUGUUUAUUAAAUACAUUAAAUGCCAGAUGGAUACAGUUGUAGACUUUGUCUUAAUGUUUUCUAAAGUGCUAUUUGAGCAGUUUCCCUUUUCAAUAAGUUUUGAACAUAAAGUAUCUGAUAUUAAAAAUAAGCUUCUAACAGUAGAAAAUGCAAAUACUGUUGUGCCUCCUACGUGUGCCGUGUAUUUUAGAUGAUCUGAGAAUAAUUAUUUUUAUUAAUUGAUAUGUUAAAUAUUUUGAUACAUUUGUAGUUUUGGAUUUUUUUUUUAAAUUUGAAGUUUAUGUUGUUAUUUAUUGGUGGUAAUUAUUAAAAAACAUU